AUGCCACCAUACAGUUACGAAACUGGAAACAUAACGCGUGACAGAAGUGUGAAGCUAAUCAGAAAUGCAUUAGUAUGUUCUGAUGUUCCUCUUGCCGACGCGGAUGAAGACUUGGUCAUAUGGUGGAUAUCCGGCACCAUUGAAAUCUGCUUGUUUCGUGCAUUCAACAAAGGACUCCAACAACUGACGGCUGAAUACAGACAGGCCGUGAAAACUCGAGUCCACAAUAUAAACACCAAUCCUGAUUUGCGAAAGAAGAUAAUAUUGCGACAGAUUGAUCCCGAGGAAUUUAGCCGAAUGACCUCUGAACAAAUGUGCACUGAAGAGAAAAAAGAGCAUGAUCAACAGCUCAAGCAGGAACUUUUAUUCUCUGCCUUCACUUGUCCAUUGCCAAAAUUUGUGAGAUACGAGAAUGGGGAUCUGUACGCACCGACAGUUACCAUGGGACAGAACAAUGAUGAUAACGACAUUGAAGGUGCGCAAGUGAUGAUGACAACCGAUCAUUAUCUCGCGAGAAAAGAAUGA